AUGAAUUCUGUCAAAAAUACCUUCCAUGCUGAUUUUGAAAUACUUGAAACAUAUUAUAAAACUCAUGGAGGAGGUCAAACUCAACAAUUUAAAUUAAAUAAAGACUUUUCUGAAAUAGAAUCAGAUUUUAAUUACUUAAUCCAGGCACAUGAAAGUGAAAUAGAAAUUUUGGAUGAAAACAAAAGUUUGGCAAUUUUGUGUAAAUCGAAAAAUGGUGUCUUUGUUUCUACUCCCAUUAGAAAAAAAUGUUUGCUUCAAACAUUAAAUGACUUUAAAGAGAAAAAAAAUUCAAAUCAAGGCAAUUCAAAACAUUUUACUGAAAAUUCUUCAAAAUUUAAUUAUGAAUAUGCAGAUUUUGACUUAUUCGAAGAUUGGGAUAUUGAUAUAUCCCAAAAGAAAAAUGAAGACAAUAAAAAUUUAAUUAUCUUGCCUCAGACUGCCAUAGAUACUUCUGCUGAUUUAUUUACUAUGCAUAAUAUUAGUAUAGAAAAAUGUGCCAUUGAAAAUUUAUUUACAGAAUCAUUUAAUUUAUCUCAAACUGAAUCAAAUGUAAAAUUUUCAUCAGCUCAUAAACUUCAGUUAGAAAACAAAGAAAUAGAAUCUUGUGCAAAGCCUGGAAUUGAAUUUGAUAGUGACAAUAGUUUUGAUGCUUUUUUAAAAACAAGUUUCAUUGAAAACAUUGAUACAAAUGAAGUGUUAAAUAAAAAACCAAAGCAAUAUUUUACCCCAUUAAAAAUAAAAAAAAAUACCAUUGACAUUGUAAUUCCUAAUGAUGUUGAAGAGGAUGAUGAUGAAGUUUUGUAUUAUCCGAAAAAAAGAAAAAAAUUAUUUGUAAGUGAUGAAUCUGACACUGAUGAAUGUUAUCCAAAGGAAAUAGUUAAUAGAAAAUAUGACAUGGUUGAUGAAAAAGAGGAACAACUAGAAAAACAAUAUUUAGAUGAAGAAGCUGAAAUAAUAGAUAAAAGUAAUUUCUCUAGCGAUGAAGAGAUUGAAAAAGAUGAUAAUUAUGAUCAAAGUUUUGUUGAUGAUAAUUCAUAUUUGACACAAAACACUGCUUGUGAUAUGACAUCAAAAUAUUUAGAAUCUGUUAAAACUACAAACAAUAAACAAGGAAUAUUUAAAAUACCUAAUUUAAAACCAUAUUAUGUGGAAGAUGUUUACAGUCAGAUGUCUCCUGAAACUCAUUCAGAUUAUGAAAUUGAUUCUUUCUGUGUAAAUGAAGUUGAAUAUGAUCGUAGUGAACUUUCGGCUUUAGAAAUUGCAGAACAACUAUUUUUUUUGUACACCUUAGAUAAAUUUAUAACGAAAAACUACUUUUGA